AUGGCGGAAUCAGAGGAAACCGAAGAAGUAGUGGAUCAUUAUGCAGUUUUAAACGUCCGUAGAGAGGUAGAAAUGAACUGAGCCAAAUUAUUGAUGCGGCAAGUAUGUUAUCUUACUAAUGGUGUACUUUGAAUUGAAUUUCAGGCCAAUGAAAGUGAAAUCAAAGCAGCUUAUAGGCGCAUGUGUGUGUUAUAUCAUCCGGAUAAGCAUACUGAUCCCGCCAAGAAAAAAGUAAGCUUGUUAAAUAACUCUUUGGUUCGCCAGAAUUUUGUUUUGUAAUUUUAUAUGAAGAUUUAUCUUAGUAUUAAAAUAUGCGAUUCUCAACAUAGGCCAAAAUACUGAUGUUUAGCAACCAAAACAUCAGAAAUGUACUUGUCCUUGAAUAUUGCAUUUGACCAUAAUGCUUGCCAAAGGGGGAUGCCUUGACAUCCUGAAAUAGGGUAGCCCGGUUAGUUGGCCAUAUGAGAACUCUACACACAUGAGAAAUUUUAGCCUUUUAAUUGGCCGAGAUCUAAGCAAGAUCUCAAGUCGCAUAGGAAAUGUACGCUCAGUUACUAAGCGAAUAUGAUGCAAUCUCAGUAACCAGGCUAUGGACUCAAGGUGAACAGGUCUGUGAAAGAAACUUAAUCCUAUUUCAAAUGUUGUAGGCUUUUUCCUCUAGAGGAAAAUAUACUGUAUGAGGUAUACAUUCAUAUAUUGACACUGGGCAUCAGUUCAGAAAGAAUGUUCACUGUGACUUGUAGCUUGGCUCCCUGUCCCAAAGCCCUGGAAAUUAAAAAGCUCUAGGGAAGGUGGGUUGGGGGGGAGGGGGGAUGAGGGGAUCAACAAGGGAAAUUACUCUUACCUUCUUCUCCUUUGUUUGUUUGUGAUCCUAGACCCUUCCUGAAUGAUUUCUCUUAAUGGUCAAAAUGUUUUACAUUGAAAUUGUCUUUUUUUUAUUGGUUCCCUAGAUUGCAGAAGAAUUAUUCAGUAAAGUUCAAAAGGCUCAUGAUGGUAUGUUAUUCUUUCAAGUAUGUUAAUUACAAUGCAAUUGAAUCUUCAUUGGGGAAUUAAGAUACAAAAAAAACCAAAAUGCAUAUCUCUAGUAAAAUAUUAAGUAUGUUAAAUAAUUAAUAUAAUUUUUUUUCCAAUUAGUCCUUAAUAAUCCAGAGAAAAGAGGGAUUUAUGACAUUUAUGGCCAAAAAGGACUUGAUGCUGGCUGGGAGGUUAGUGCUGAGCAGUAAUCAGUAGUAUUACUUGUUAACCCUUUUACUCCAAAGAUCUCCUGAAUAAUUCUUCUUACUGUCUGCCAUUCAAUUUUCAUAACAAUGGUUCUGAGAAUUCAGAAUUAGAUUGAUUAAUAAUUUAUAAAUUUCUUCAUUCUCAUCACCUAGAAGGAGACAGAGGGAUUUUUCUGUGCUUCCCUUGAAAUUAAAUAACCCUUUGCACCCUAACAUCAGUAUGCAUAUUCUCCAUACUGUUCUCUAUACAUUUCCAAAGGUGCCGAUAAGGAGAAUUUGUUUAACAAUCAAGAGUUUCUUUAGUUGGUGAUGGUUCCCUUUAUUCUCAUGAUCACAAAUGAGGGUUCAGCAGUAUUAUUGUAAGGAGAAAGUAGAUGCUGGUCACUCUUAGGGUUUUUAAAGAGUUAAAAAUGUUGUUUUAUCCUUUUGCAGAUUAUUGAGAGGCAAAGGUCUCCAGCUGAAGUAAGCUGAAACUUACUUUAAUAAAAUUUGAAGGAAUGUUUUAUCAGUAAUUGAGGUUUACAGUCAUGAAUAAAAGUGCUUUGCUAGAUAAGUGUGGUCAACUUAAGGAUGAUGAGAAGAUUGAUAGUGCAUUGUAACCGUUUAACUCCCAAGAUCUGAUUGUUACUUCUCCCCUCUACCAGCUACAAAUUUCCCUGUAAAUACAUAUGAUUUACAGUUAUUUGGUGAAAAGACAAGAUAACUUCUGCCUGAUAGGUUUGAGUAUUCUCAUUACCUGUUUGCUGGAUAAUGUAUGGAUGCUAGAGGGAGAAGUUACAUGUUAAUCACUUGUGGGGGUUAAAGGGUUAAGGUAAAAAGGGAGAUUUCUAAUGAUAGGAAUGUUGUUGUAUGUUACUUUCUUAGUUGCGUGAAGAAUAUGAGAGAUUACAAAGAGAGAAGGAGGAGCAGCGUUUACGGCAGAUCACAAAUCCAACAGUAAGUUAUUAGCUUCUUUUUUUUUUGGUAUUCAGAUUUUGUGGUAUCAUCAUUAUGCUGAAUGAAGGGAAGACUUGAUAGCCUUAUGGUUAGCACAUUAGCCUUGUGGUGUGCGCACAAGACUAAUGAUUGAAAGGUCAAGAGAACUGACAUGACUGUGAUUAGUUCUUUAGCAAGGUUUUUUUUACCCUCAGAGUUCCUUUUUCCAUCAGGGGUGUAAUGGUUGCUGACAAAUUGUCAGCAGUGAGCAUAGCCUGACUGAUAUCUAUGAGUUGACCUCCAAUGUGACCAUCAUCCUUUCCAGGGGAAGGACCGUUUCUCUUAGUCGCUUUUUCAUGGUCAAGGGUGUUGGAAAUAUUACCAUUGUGCAUGGGGUAAACAUUUAUUAAAUGGUGAGAGGGAGUAAGAUUCUGAAAAAAAACUGUGGUUCUGCAUCAGCAGGGGAGUAUUUCAAGAUAAUUUGGUUUUAUCAGUGUAGUUGAAAUGUGAAGUGGUCACUGUGAAGAGAUUGUAAAGCUCAUGUUAUGAGCACUAGCCCUUGGUCAGAGUGAAUUGAUUAUUGAGUACCAUGCAGGAUCAUUUAGGUUGUGAGGAAUUAUGCUGUGGCCACACACACUUUGUCCAAAGGUAUGUUGUAAGCGUUGAUAAGUUCUUGCAGCUAAGUUAGUCCGUCUAAUGCAUGCAGACUUAACUGUAUUAUGGUACCAAAAUGAUUUGUGAAAAGCAUUUUUUACCUUUCAGGGAAGUAUUUCUGUUGGAGUGGAUGCUACAGACUUGUUCGAUAAUUACAACUUAAUUGAUUCUUUCAAUGAAAGGUGAGUUCUUUUCUUAAUUUUGGACUGCUCUCAGAGUAUCACAAGUAACACAAAUAGAAACAUUAAACAGUCUAAAGCAAAGUCUAAAGAUGUCUUGUUUGGUCUCGAAUCUCAGGGUUUUGCCAAACAUUGAAGUUAGUUCCAUGUCAAUCUCACAGUCAAUAGAGGUACUUGAUGAAUAUAUGUAUAUUGUAUUAUCUGAAGUUUUGGUAUGUAGUAUCACAAAGUAUUUUUAAAAGUUUCGUUAUAUUUGGAUGAGUCUGUAGUGCUAGUCAAAAUGUAAACAACAAGUACAAUUACAGGCAUUACUACACACCAAAACGUGUAAUAAGUUAUUUAUUGUCAACUGCUUUAUUUUAUGUGCAUUUCUUAUAAGGCAAGAAAAGGGAAGCUGAUAGAGAAGUGUAACGCACAGCUGACUGGUUAAUUAAUUGAGUUUAUUUGUUACAGUACAAAAUGACCAAGUGUCCGAAUAUGGCCUGAUAUUUGCACUCGAUUCACGCAUUAUUUGUACUCUACUCAGUGAAGUGGGAUAAGAAAUCAAGAUAUCAAUAGUUUUUAGUAACUAGUGUUUGUAUCCUUUGCUUGCCAACUGUCUACUUUGUCAGAUUGUUGAUCAAAAUUUUCUAAACCUCAGCAUUUUUAUGACGGAAACUUUUUGCUGAUUAAGAAGAAAGCUAAAAAAGGGGGGAAAGGUGAUACAAUUGACCUGAUUUCAUUGAUUAGUUCUUGCUCUCUGUGAGUCAGAGUAAAAGCCCUUGGACCAUUUGAGGUUAAGGCAAACUUAAUAGUGACUGAGAAACACUUUAAAGUAUAACUGUUACAACAAACUCUUUAAUAUUCAGUUGUUACAGUCUCUUGGAUUUGUUAUUAAGGCAUCAGAUAUGCUGCUUAGAAAAGGAGACAGCCUUGAAAUAACUUUUGCUUUCCUCUCAAGGCACCUCUGACUCGCACUGAUACACUCACUCUAGCUGGUAAUUUAAAGAUCAAGAAUGGAAAUGGAGAUGGUAGUGUCUCAGUGUCAACGAGGAGGUUAUUUUCACACAGUAAAUGGGCUGAGGUAACUGUUGAUUUUUUAAAGGUACUGCAUGUGUCAUUGUGACAGGAUUUGCUUGGCUACAUUCCCUGUUCAGGAAACAACUUGUGGCUUCUGUUUCAAACUUUUGCUUCAGAAGGUGAAUAGUUUUGAAAUUUUAAAAUUUUUUUAUCAAUCAUGGAAGGCAACUGUCCAUCUUUUUCUUCUCAUCUCAUAGCUGUUAACCCUUUGACCCUUAAGACCAGCAUCUAAUUUCUCCUUACAAUGUCACCCCUGAUUCAUACAGUAAGAUUAGGAGAAUAAAGGAAAUGAUCACCAAUGAAAGAUGCUUUUGAUUGCUAAACACUUUCUCCUUGUUAACACCUUUGGAAAUGUUUGAAGAUCAGUUUGGAGAAUAUGUAUUCUGAUACUAGGAUGUAAAUAGUUGAAAUAACUGGAAGGUAAUUUGAAUUAAUUUUAGGCCACCUUUGAGGCUGGAAAUGGCCCAAAUCUUACCCUUCGGGGAUUUGCAAACCUUACGCAAAGAAGGUGAGUAAUUUUUUGGUCCAACAGUUAGUAAAGUGUUUAUUACUUCUGACCAUCAGCAUUCCUUAGUGUAAGCAAACUCAGUUUUGAUGAAUAAAUGUAGCUUUCUGGAGUUGAUUUGCAAGAGAAUUGUGUAAGGCUAAUCAAGAUAUUUUUUCAUCUCAAUCUCAGCUACAAAAUUCAAAUUGAAAGCCUUUUUGGAACAUUUUUUCUUUACUUAACCUAAAAUUUAUGUUCUGUGUUUUUUUAGUCAUAUAAUUGGAGGAAUUUCCGUCAGAGGUCAUGGCAAUGCAGUGUCUGGUGGAUUUCAUUGCAGUACGUAUGUUGUGAUAGUAACGUUAUUUUAAGCUCAUUUGUUCAAAUUUUAACAGUUAUAUCUUCAUUGGUGAAGAACCAUUAGAUUGUUAUUUAUCCCCCAACCUUGCCAGGAAGUCAUUUUUGCCCUCAUCCCAUGCUUAUCACAAACAAAUAACAUGUCACCUUAUCCUAACCCUUUAGCUCCCAUGAGUGACCAAGGCAGAAUUUCUCCUAACAAUAUCAAUACAAUUUCAAGCAGACAGGUGAUGAGAAUAAAGAAAAAUAUCGAUCAGGAGACGGGCACUAGACACUAGACGGGAGUGUCGAAACGUUGGGUCUAUGAAUUGCAACUUCUCGGUUACAUUCAUUAAAUCUUUUUAAACCAGAGUAGCAUCAAACCAUGUCUGAACAUCCUUUUUAACCUCAAUGUUGUUUUAUUUUACUCCGCUAGUGAUAGUACGGCAACUAGACAAAAACACAGUUGGCUACAUAACAUACAGAGAAGGUCUUCAAUCUUCACUGAAUACAACCGUCAUAACAGAAUCUGAGGACACCAAAGCACAGGUUACAAUUCAGGUAUGAAGGAGGGUUUAAAAUCGAUAUUUUUUAACCGUUUACACCCUAACAUCAGUAUUCAUGUUCUCUCUACUUUUUCUAUACAUUUCCUUUGUUGCUAAAAAGGAGAAUUCGUUUAACAAUCAAAGCUUCUUAGGUUGGUGAUCACUUCCUUUUUUCUCGUGAUCUUAAUGAAGGAUUUGGUAGUAUGUCUGUAAGGAGAGAUUACAUAGUGUUCAAGUAUUCACCCUCGUGUUUAAAAGGUUGAUUAAAUGGCGUGCUUGAUGGAACAAUUUGGUCACCACUUAUUCGAAUUUUAACAAUUUGCGCCUCAAACGAGCACCUUGAAACGCGUUUUCUUAUUGUUUGAAACAUAUUCUGCUCAUGAAAAAUCUUUAUUAAGUGUUUAAACGCGUAACAAAGUAAAACUAAGGGUGUUUUGCCUCUUGAGCGCUGGUUUUCAAGAAGAACUUUAGCAAGACUUGAGGUGAGCUGCCUGCUAACAAGUAGCUACAAAACUUUGGUAUCGAAACUUUGGUUGCCAAAAGUCAAUUUCUGUCGCAUUGGCAACCCUCUGGCUGUUAUUUCGGACCCUGUUAGAGUGCUUUUUGAUUGAGUAUCGUGAAACAAAAGUAAUGACAACAACCAAUCAGAAGAAAGGAAAAAUACCUUUAAGAGCCAAUGAAAACUCGGAGUAAAAACAACCAAACAGCCUAAAAGGCGGGAAACGCGGGCGACCGAGUCGUGAUUGGUUUUAGUUUUGCAUCUGAUUGGUUGAGAGAGUGACGCAAGUUAUCUGGACCAAUCACAGAGCGAAGUGAGGCAAAACCAAAGCAAUCCCGUGUUAUUUUCAAUACAACUACAUUUGGACCACUCCUUAAAGGACAGUUUGCAUACAGAAGAAAGUUCGAGAUCAAACCGUUAAUAGAAGCUCAACUUAACAGCCUUUGAAUAUUUUUUUUGUCACUUGGAACAAGCUAUGAAUGUUUUAUUAUUGUAUUUCAUCUUUUUUAGUUUGGUAUUCCACAUUCGUUUGCAAUGGUGGCGUUUGUAAGAAAAAUAGAAAAGAACACAAAACUCAAAGGCUCCGUUAAGUACGUCAGAUUUGUUUCCAUGUUCAGUUACCAUGGUAUCUAAAUGUCCUCAGGGGAGCAUUUCAAUUCCGAAGGGUUCUAGAUGGAAAAGGGAGUGGGGCGGACGGGAGGGGGAUUUACUAGAAAGAGGUUUAUUAUAGGGGGGUUUAUUAAAAAGGGGAUUUUUAGAAAGGUAUUUUUUUUAGAGAGGGGUUUAUUACAAACGGGUCUAUUAGAAUGGGGUUUAUUAAAUAGGGGGUUAUAAGAGAGCGUUUUUUUUCGGAGAGGGUUUUUUAGAGGGGGUUCUUCUAGGGAGGGGUUUAUUAGAGGGGCUUUUUAGAGAGGGUUUAUCAGGUUUUUUUUUUUUUGGAGAGGGUUUUUUUAGGGGGUUUUUAGAGAGCAGGUCUCAGAGAGGGGGUUCGUCAGAUCAUUUCGGAUAAACUGAAAUAGUCUUGGAGGUUAGUGAUUUUUUGUGUAUGUCCGUGUGGGCUUUCACGAUACUCAACACAUCUCAUUUAUUCUUUAGAACUGGAACGUUUGGUAGCGUCCUUCAAUAUGGAUGCGAGAGGAAAAUUUCUGAACACAGCACGUUAACAGCUACGAUGAGCAUUGGAAUACCAACCGGUGUGGUGAUCAAAAUAAAGUAAGGGCUGGAUAAUAACUUAUUAUUGACUCUCAAAUCUGUGCUGCGGAAAAAGAAGCCAGGCAAACUUCGGCAAGAUAAGUUAGUCUCGUUGCCUGUUCCAGUAAAACGAAAUGCGACAGAAAACGGCGUUGUCCUGCUACUAUCGCGCUGUGAAGUAUUUCGCUCCAUUUUACUAACUGCUAAAGGCUCUUACUCUCACCAUGCCUCCCUCGGCCCAGCUGAGCUGGCUCGUUCAAAGCUGGGUUGAGAUAACUCAGGUUUAGUGUAAAAUCUUAAUUCAGAUCUGAAAGCUUUUAACCCUUUACACCCUAAAUACAGUAUGCAUAUUCUCCAUACUGCUCUUUAUACUUUUCCUAAGGUGCUGACAAGGAGAAUUUGUUUACUGAUCAAAAGCCUCUUCCGUUGGUGAUCAUUUCCUUUAUUCUCAUGACCUUAACGUGUGAUUCAGGGGUGAUAUUGUGAGGAGAAAUUUGAUGCUCGUCACUCUUAGGGUUUAAAGGGUUAAAGAAAAUGCAAGUUAUAACUCUUUUUGUCGACAAUUUGAUGAUUGGAUGCUCCGGCAAGAAUAGAGAAAAUUAUCCCUAAAGAAGCUUUAGAAAAUACAAUAUAAAAACCUGAAUGAAAAUUUAACUCUCGUUAGCGCUAAUCGGUCUUCGGACAACUUGGCUCUGGAGUAAAAACUGGUAACGCCGAACUAUCAGGGUAGCCUGCAUUUGGCAUUCGGUUACAGUAAAACGCAUUGAAAUAGUAAAAUGGUGCGAUUGUGGCGGCGCGACUCGACCCAAACCUCCUUCCGCUAGCAUCGCGCUUCGCUUUACUGACUGAACGCCUGGAACAGGGUCGUGCCAAAAUCCUACCGGCUAGAGGUACGCCCGAGGAGCACUAGUGACGAGUUUCCCGAGUCGAGUGAUCAUCGGAAAUUAAGCGAAAAUUCCUUGAUUUAACUUUCACAAUGUAUUCUUCAUAUGCAAGGUAUGUGAUAAUGGUCAUACCUGGUUCAAUCACGUCGCUUGACUAUUGGAAAAUCGCAAAUGGUGUUACUGGAAUUGUCCGCGUGUCAUAUGAACUUCGUAAUAGACCUCGCUCGCCGUAGAGUCUCUGUGGCUCGGGUGAGGUGUGAAGCAUCGGAGCACGGAAUCCGAAGGUCUGAGGUUCGAUUCCUCACGGAUACUCAGAAUUUUUUCUUUGUCCCAUGCUCGUGACAAGACGAACAACAUCUUUCUCGAGUAAAUAACUGUUGGUAAGACGAUGCAGAGUUCAGCGAGCUUACCACAAAGCUACUUUGUCCCUCGCUCUUAAACACAGGUACACCAUACUGGGAGAGACGCAUAACGGACUUAGCAAAUUUUGGUCUUAUUUUCCUUUUUUAUGUUAGAUUGACGCGUGCAUCGCAAGUGUACAACUUCCCAAUAAACUUGUCGGAAGAGAUCCAACCAGCCGCUAUAUUUUAUGGCACGGUCGUUCCAGUUGCUGUGUUCUGGGUCGUGAAGAUGCUGAUUGUCAACCCAUUUGUGAAGAUGGAAAAGGAAAUGUAAGCGUUCAUUUAGUCUACGAGCAGGAUCUCAUUAGCACUGAGAGGCAUAGCCCGCGGAAUUCAAGCAGAGGAACGGAGCGAGCCUGCGAGCGGUCUGUGAGGGGUUUGAUUCAAGACAUCUUGCUUGAACCCUCGUAGACCCUUCGCUGACCUCUUGCACGCUCGCAUUGCGUGUUUCGAGCAGGGAAAGUACUGGAUUAGAACGAAUGUCUUUCGUGGCUCAGCAUGACCAACACUAGGUUGUUUUUCGGCUUCGAUAAUAUUUUGCUGGACAGUUUUCACUGAAUGUUUUUCUUUUUCUUAGGGAGACAGAAGCUAAUAAAACGAAACAUGCAAGGCAAAUGGCGGAAAAGAAGCGAGAAGCAGAGAGUAGUGUAAGUGGCGUUUUUUACUGCUGUGUUAUAGAACAGUGAAACCUCGUUUUGUCCAAAUUUGGCUGUCUAUUUCCGAAGCAAGGAUGAUGCAGUGCUGAGAGCGCUCCUUGUGGCGUGGGUUCGAUUCCUCAACCUGACUUCACAAACGGGUUCAGUUUGUUGUUAGUUCCAGUCCUUGCUCUGAAGGUUUUUCUCUGGGUUCUCCAGAUUUCCUCCUUUCACAAAAACCAACACAGCUGAUUCCAGCUCAACUUAACACCACAAAGCGAAGAGUUGUUUCACUAAAAUGCUACUGCUAAAAUCUACUUUAUUUUUUAUUCAAUUUCACAACUUUCUUUGUUGUUACCACACUGUGUGCUUCUAGCGAGGGUGUUAAAAAUGUCUGCAAAAAACCAACCGUUUACUUAAUCAAUUCGUUUACUUAAUCUACAAUUCUGUGAAGAGUUCCCGGGGCGAGAGACCCUGGAAUAAAUCCUGUCGAACCCAGGAAGGUGAAAAUAAGAAUUUUCAUGAGACAAAUUUGGUUAUUAACAAAGACAUCGCACUGCUAACUUUCCUACUACUUGGUCGGAGUGUGGCUAAAUAAAAACUGUGGUAACAUUCUUUGAAAUCAAAGAAAUUUAGAGAGGAAUGCUUGAAACGAAGAGUCAUGUUCACUUCUUUUCAGAUACAACUAAUGCAAGAGACUUGCGAGAGAAUAAUUGAAUAUGAAUCAUCCCGGCACGGUAAGGAAAAGAACAUCAUUCUUAAGUUCGCCCUUUUUUAUUAACUUGGCUUUAUGGUAUUUGACUGAUAGAUGUCGCCUUUUUUUAUGUGUUGCAGGCUUAAUAAUAGUAAAUGCGUGGUAUGGACACUUGGUGUCCAUGGACGAAAGGUAACAGAUUUUAAGAGUAACGCAUGACAAAAGUCUUGCGGAAGGAUUUUAUUUCUUUGUUAAACGAUAAGCAAAUAGUGCUUCGACAAUGGUGAUUUAGUUUCUUUGUUUCUUUCAGUACACAGGGCGUCAAUCGAGGCCCCAGUAAAGUGAUCGACGUUACCGUGCCUGUGCAAUGUCAAGUGAAGGACUCGCGGCUAUUUCUCACAGAGUCAUCGAAGGUACGAUACCUCGAAUUGGUGUUUUUGUUAUUUCGCCUAGCCGUUAAGGCAGGAGAGUGUCAACUCUUUAGUACUCAGGUGCGACAAGUUGUAACUUCUCACAAUAUCAAUAGUGGAUCAAUUACCUUAUUUUAACUUAUUUCGCGACUGUAGAAAAAUUGCGAAAUUUAAGACCGGCGUUGAAAAAAAAUUUGGCGAAAAUUGACCACGCGUAAUUGAUUCCACUUGACCAACAUCGAAGAAAAGCACUGCGAUGCUAAGAGAUGGAGAAAGCAGGAGUUGUUGAGGUGGUAAAGAGUGAGUCAGCUCUUCCUUCCGAGGAUCCAUUUAAAGAAUUCACAAUGUGCUGUAGCUGUAAGCGCAAAUAGACAGAGUCAUUGCUGUUGUAUAGCUUUGCUUUGUUGCAAAAAAACAUGUCAGUUGUUCUCAUCUUCGUUUUGUUAUCAUAAUAUGAUAAUUUUGGUUAUAUCAACUGAGUUGAUAAUUUAAAUUGGCCACCGUGAAGAGUUUCAAAGCUGAAGUUUCGAGCGUUAGCCCUUCGUCAGAGAACAGACCUCGAAACGUCAGCUUUCAAACUCUUCACGGUGGCCAAUCCACAUAAUCAACUCUGUUGGUAAAACCAAAAUUAUCUUGUUCUACUACCUCACCGACGCAGCACCACUGUUUCUCUAGAAACUUUCCCCCUUAAUUUAUUUAUUAUAGUAUGGUUUUGUUUAGUGUCACUGGAAACUGUUAUUAUGGAAAAUUUAAGAUUGUUUAUACCAGUUCUGAGACCAAGAGAGGAUUUAGUUAUCCUCCCUUGGUGAGGCAAACUGUUUGGUAAUCCAGAUCACUAUUUUAAAAAUUUUCGCGAAAAGAUAGCUCCUUUUAAUAAAUCUUUUAUGCAAAUGGCGAAAUUAAAGUCUUGCGAAAUAUGCCCGUUCCACUUUCGUGAAAUUAAGUUCCGCAAAAACGAGUAACUUUAACCCUUUUCAGCCUAACAUCAGUAUGCAUAUUCUCCAUACUGUUCUCUAUACAUUUCUUUGGGUGCCGGCAAGGAGAAUUUUUUAAACAAUCAAGAGGUUCUUCAGUUGAUGAUCAUUUCCUUUAUUCUCAUGACCUUACUGUUUGUUUCAUGGGUGAUAUUGAAAGGAGAAAUUUGAUGCUGGUCACUCUCAGGGAUUUAAGGGUUAAUGUGGUUGGUGAGACUACACAAGUUUAUUAGGUAGGGGCUUGCUAUCUUGAUAUCUCAGCAAAUUCUCGCAGCUAACUCUGGGGGGAAAUGUGUAACAGCUAAAGGGGAGAGAAGGGGAUAUUUAUCGUGGGAGGUAAAAUUUUAAGGCCACCACAAGAUCUCCGUAUUUACCAAUUCCUCUUGUCGCGCAGCGGAGAGAGAACUCUGCGUGACAACACCAAAUAAGGCUUAGCAGCUCCAGUUGCUCUGAAUUUAACAGAGAAGAAAGUGAAUUUCAAAGUUCGGUUUCUCGGCACCUAAUAGAAUACUUUGUUCUCUUAUUUCCUUAUUUCCUUAUUUCCCUUCUUUUUUCAUUUCUUACAGUGUAAUCUCAGCGGAUUUUACGAUCCUUGCCCCGAGGAAGAAAAGUUGUUGAAAAUAAGAUAUCUCUUCAGAGACGCAGUACACGAGGUUACGUACGGAGAUGAAGAGCCUGUUCGGAUACCAAAACAAUGUGAGCAACUUCUCACUGUACUUCAUUUUGUUUCAGUUUGUGUUGGUUUCUUUUCUGAGAGAUGCGCGCUGUGGUUUGUCCCUUUGGUUGUUAUCUUUUACCAAUGAAACAGAAGCCCAGCGUAGGGGACGUCCGAAAUUCUCUGUUCCGGUCAAUGCAGGCCACGACGGGUAGAAUAAUCUCGUACCCAGAUCGUAUCAUGUAACUGAAUUGAAAUAUAUGCACAACCG